AAGCAAGUUGAAAGAAAGUUGAAAUUAUUGAUAAAUAAUUAGGUAUUACUCACGUUUUUACGAUGUUCGUUUCCACAAAUGAUUCUUCAUCAAUAUGAUACUAUUUGUAGCCUCAAGUAUAUUAUAUUUAGUCUUUUAUCGAAGAUUAACUACGGAUAACAAGAUAAUUUUUCAAUUUUUCCAUUUAUAAUUUUUGAGCAUGCGCAGUAGCGUAUUACAUAUCGAAAUGUGCAACAAAACGAAAACGAAAUCACAAAUAAUCGAAAAGUAAAAUGGAGAGAAUAUUUGAAAUUAUCAAAAGCAAAUACAAAUUUACCUUUGCAAAUUUGAAACAACAGCAACGUUCGACAUGGCGAAUUUAGCCAUUUUCAGUAAAUAUCACAAGAUGGCCGCACAUGAAAAAUCUUUCACGGAUUUGAUAAUAUCUUCCGAAAAUAUGGACGCUAUUGAGCGUAUUAUGGAGCAAGGAUUGGAUAAUUCCAAAAAUGAUACCAUUGAGGAACUUUGUGCCCAGUUAGAUGUGGACCAGAUCGAGAAUCUGAGGAUUGUAAUGUUCGAAAAAGCUGUAGGAUAUCUUGAAUCGGAAUACAAUGAAUGUUUUGGACCUAUUGAAAACCGCACGCCGGGACAAAUACCCCGAAAGCUUAAGCUGAAACUACGUCGUAACAAGACCGAUAAAGCAGAGCGUAUGGCAAGUGAUAUUUGUGAUAUGUAUUUAUAUUUAAACAAGCCUACUACCCAAAAUGAAAAUCGGGCAUUUCCGAGAUCAAUCCUAAGUGAUUCUUCAUUCGUUCCAACUAUCCCUGAUACAGCGAAGCCCACUGAACCUCCCACCCCGGAUUAUAGAUCUAUUGAUUUGGAUACCAGACUGGUGAAAUUGACGACGAGGGUGGCGGAUUUAGAGAGGGAGAAUAAAGAAUACAAAAAGGAAUUGAAUACUAUACGUAAGGAAUUGCACGAUAUGAACAACUUGGUAUCAACACAUAUAAAACUGUGCACAUGUAGAACCAUUUCAAAUGGCCAAAACGAAGCUAAUCAAGUUAAUUCUGGCUCUAAGACCAGUGUAUCUGUAUGUGAAACUAACCGUGCACCUGUUGACCUCGGUAUGAAUCAAAACAAUGCCAUGCACAGACGGGCUUUGAGUGAAAGUUCAAUAGCAAGGGACAUUACUCUGGAUUUAUCUGAUCAACACCCGUGCGAAACUGAAAUGGCGGAGAGCCGCAUUAAUACCUCAUCAAAGAUAUCUGAUGGUAAGUCCGCCCCUGUAAAGGCGCAACCUGGACCAUGCAUAAACACUACAAAUGGGCAUUCGUUGAGACCUCUAAAUAAAAAUGUUCUAAAUGCCUCAACCCC